GAAGAAACUGUAACAUUUGGGAUGGACACAGGCUUGAAGAAAAUAAAUGAAUUAAGUGAGCUGAAGCUUGAAGAUGUUUAUGGCACACACUAUACUUUACAAAACCUCGGAGGUAAACCUGGGUUACAAGCCUCACCUGUUACCUGUGGGUCGAGACCAGCAAAAGUGCUAGCUCGAAGGCAGGAAAGUCUGCUAGAGAGCGACUACGACAACCCAGACACGUACGGGGACGACAGGAUUCUAGGUGGCAAUUUUGCCUCACACGGCGAAGUUCCCUGGCAAGCAAAUAUCAGAAUUAUGACCCGGAAUAAAGACCGUACUGAAUAUAAGCCAGAAUGCUCCGGAGCUAUAAUAAACGAGUACUGGAUUAUCACCGUUGCUCAUUGUGUGAAGGGCGAGGCUCCCAGCUCGUUCAGAGUAACAGUUGGGGAUCAUCACUUGGCGAGGAACGACGAGGGCGAGCAACAGUUUGCAGUCAGCAAGGUCAUAAGUCAUGAAAAUUACAGACUGGGAUCCUUUGAUUACGAUAUCGCCAUACUGAAGAUCCAGCCAACAAAAUCUGGCGCCGGCAUCAAGUUCAACAGUUUUGUUCAGCCCAUCUGUUUACCGAAAGAGACCGAUUACCCGGGAGUUGGUACACAUAUGAUAGUGUCUGGCUGGGGGCGGGACAAGCUCUCCGGGGCAUCAUCCCAGCCGAUCCUGAAGAUGAGCAUGCUACCUCUCAUUGAUCAGAAAGAAUGUAGUCAACUGUUCAAGGGUCAAAUUACUCUACGUCAGUUCUGCGCCGGAUAUAAAAACGGACCUACAGACAUCUGUAGGGGUGACAGCGGAGCUCCGGCCGCCUACCUGUUUGCGGAAAUGUAUAUCUUAUACGGCGUAGCUUCUUUCGGGACUGACUGCCCCUUCCCUAAUUACCCCUCAGCGUUUACAAACGUCCGCUCGUAUCAACACUGGAUUAUUAAAAACAUGCAACUCCGCAGUGACAACAAGUUGGAGCGAACACUGCCUGAUCGACCCCACUGGAGCGACUCAUGA